CCACCAAUCAGAGCCGGCUUUCCCUGCUGUUGUCAGAGUACAGUACAGUGUGUGGGCAGCGCUCUCCGGACCAGAGGAACAGAAUUAGAGAGCGGGUUCUGACGGACAGCGGGUUUUUUAAUCCGGCGUUUUAUUAAACACACCGCAGAUUUACAGCAUGUCUGAGACCGAGCCCAAAUCAGCGCAGGACCUGACCGUGGUGGUGCAGACUUUGCUGCAGCAGAUGCAGGACAAGUUCCAGACCAUGUCAGACCAGAUCAUCGGAAGGAUCGAUGAGAUGAGCACACGGAUCGAUGACCUGGAGAAGAACAUCUCUGACCUCAUGACUCAGGCAGGAGUGGAGGAGUAUGAGGGGGAGAAUAAAGUCAGUGACGCAUCGGGAACAGCUUGAUAAAGUUCGCCAGGAACACAGAGGAACCUACCUUUUCCAUAGGCGUGGCAAAGUUCUCUAAUUAUAAUGGUCUGUAUGUAUGUACUGUAUGUUUGUAUGUAUGUGUGUGUGUGUGUGUGUGUGUGUAUUUUUAUUUUUUAUGUUUUUUUUUGGGGGGGUGGGUGGGGGAAAGAAGGGGUUAUGUAUGCCAUAUGUGUAAAUAGCGUUUGAUAUGGAUUAUAAUGCUAUCAUAAUGCUAUGAUUUUGUUUAAUGCUGCACUAAAAUUAGUUUUUCUUUUUCUUUUUUUUUUUUUAACUAAAAACCUCUACAGUGUAGGAUCACCUAACCCCCCGCCUUCAGACCUUUACUCAGACAGCAGUGGGUUUUACACCUCCAGCCUGUUAAACUGCUCAUUUAAAUCAUGUUAGUAGCCACAUUACACCAGAGGAAAUACUGCAUGAAUCUUUCUGUAGUGGAAGGUGAAAAAAUGGAAGCAUGGAAUGGAGUUAUUUUACACUAUUUUACACUUAUUCAUUUAUUUUACAUUCUUAGCACAGAAUGGCAUAGUUACAGACAGCUUUCUUCAACAGCAAUAACAUGGUGUUUAUGUAAUGGAGUUUGCAGGGUUUGGGCAGGAAAGCACUGACCAAUUAAACAUCUAUAACUAUGCAAACAUAUAUAGUGACUAAUUCCAUUAAAAAUGUGUUUAUGUUGCAUUUCAGUCCAGAGGUGAAACAUUUUGAACUGGUUAGUUAGUGGACCUGGGCAUGGGAGUGAUAGAAGUCAUAAAAAAUGGUUCAGAAUAAAACAUAAAGAACUAUUCUAAAUAUUACUGUAAUUUCAAAACACUAUAUAUAUGGUGGUAUAUGAGGUGUUAGUGUGUGUUGUGCUGGUGUCAAGGUAUAAGUGACAAGGUAUAAAUACUCCAUAAGAAAGAGCUAGCGCUUAAAGCAGUUAGCAGCUAAUGCUAAUGCUGCUCCAGCAGUGCUAGCCGGGGUUAGCAGCAAGCUACAGUCUGAUAUACUCGCCUUUGAACAGCAAAAGAGCUAGCGCUGACCUAAUGCUAGUACUUCUGGAGAGACUUCACUGAAAACUCUAACCCGUAUAACGCUGUACUUCAGCGAAGUGGAUUUACUGCUCCUUAAUACCUGACUUGUAGAAUUCAUACAUAAGACACACCAGAUUAUAAAGCACACUGUCAAUUUUAAGUGCACCUUAUAGUGUAAAAAAAUACGCUAUUUACAUUGUACUAAAAUACAGGGUUUGGACAAUGAAACUGAAAAACCUGUCAUUUUAGUGUGGGAGGAUUCAUGGAUAAAUUGGAGCAGCCUGGUGGCCAAUCUUCAUUAAUUGCACAUUGCACCAGUAAGAGCAGAGUGUGAAGGUUCAAUUAGCAGGGUAAGAGCACAGUUCUGCUCUAAAUAUUACAAUGCACACAACAUUAUGGGUGACAUAGCAGAGAUCAAAAGAGGAGAAAUUGUUGGUGCACGUCUUGCUGACGCAUCUGUGACCAAGACAGCAAGACUUUGUGAUGCAUCAAGAGCCACGGUAUCCAGGGUAAUGUCAGCAUACCACCAAGAAGGACCACCCACAUCCAACAGGAUUAACUGUGGACGCUGUAAGAGGAAGCUGUCUGAAAGGGAUGUUCGGGUGCCAACCCGGAUUGUAUCCAAAAAACAUAAAACCACGGCUGAUCAAAUCACGGCAGAAUUCAAUGUGCACCUCAACUCUCCUGUUUCCACCAGAACUGUCCGUCACCACAAUCAAUUAUUGUGCUCUAAAACCAGGUGUUUCAGUUUCAUUGUCCAACCCCUGUACAUAUGCAGCUGAAAGAGGGAGCCGAGAGCAUCCCAAAUAUAUCAAUGUUAACAUUUUAUUGUAUUGUUAAUGUCAUUAUGGCUUUUAGAAAAAUGUGGCCUAAGCUUUUAUUUUUAAUGGCAUUUUCCCCUUUAUAUUACUUUUACUUUUAUACUUUAGGUAGUUUUGAAACCAGUACUUUUACACUUUAACUUAAAAAGUAAAAAGCUUUAAGUAAUAAUCGAGUAAUAGAGUGGAGGACAGUGAAUGAUUAAACACAGUGUUUAAAAACUCCAGCAGCACUGCUGUAUCUGAUUCACUCGCUGUAACAGCACAACACACACUAACACUAAUUACUACAGACUACAGUCUGUAAUUAUUAUAGAACUACACAGUAUUAAAUGUGAUCAGUGGAGAUAUAUUGUCAUAUGUUUCAUUAACAUACAGCCUGGAGGUGUAAACCCUACUAAGCCCACUCACCUGUACACCUGUACCCACCUACCUAUAUACACCUGAACACCAUGAUCUUUCAUUGCCUUCUACUACAUACAGUGCUACACAUACACAGACGUUAAGCAGACUGUGAUACCUUUCUUAUUCAUUUUAAUGCUCUCCAUCACUCUUUCCACUCUUCUUUCUGAUAUGUUAUAUCUGCCAAUGUAUUUAUCCAUCUAUCUCUCCAUCUACAGUACCAGUCAAAAGUUUGGACAUCUUCUCAUUCUGUGUCCAUUCUUUAUUUCCAUUGGUUUCUACAUUGUAGAUUAAAAUAAUGAAGACGUCAGAACUACGAAAGAACACAUGGAAUUAUAAUUAUUAUUAUGUAGUACUGUACUUUAUCUCUCUCUCUCUCCCUUAUAUUCCUUUUUGCUGCACUUUCUGCACCAACAAAGAAAACAGCAAAGACCGUGCUUAACAGACACCUGAUCUACUGUGACUCCACACAUACAUUUCCACUGGUGCUGUUCAUGAGAGAUCUUCUGCCUGGUUAUUAAUAAAAAGUAGUAAAACCAUCAGAAAGAAGACUAAUGUAAUCUAAUGAACUGAGAGAUGUAAAAUAAUGCCCAGUAUAGUAACUGUUUUUUAAAGUAUGAUUUAAAUAAAUAUAUAAACUAUUGUACUAAUAAAUGUGUUGAUAUUUAAAGGUAUAGACACAUAAGGUUAUAUAAAAGAUAAUGUUAGUUUGUUAUAUUAAGUAGGAUAAGUAAAUGAGAUUGGGAUAUUAAAAAUGUAAACAGUGUUAACAACUAUGGACUUCAUUAGAGGUAUAUUUAAAAUAUUUGGGGGACAUAUUAUGCAAAACACACUUUUUUGAAGAUCUUCAACUAGAUCUUCUAGAUCUUGAAGAUCUAGUUAAAGAUCUGCCUUUUGUUCAUUUUGGUUGAGAACCUCAGACAGUACACAGCAGUACUAGACAGCAGACUUCUUCUGAGGUAGGGAUCUGUACCUGCUGUCCAUAAUAAGUCAGCAGAUGCUAGCUUGUUCAUGUUUUGCCCUUUAGCACAAGCUAACACUAACGUGUGCUAAAUCUUCAAUGUAAAAUAUUUGCAUAAAAGUUUCUAUAGCCCAUAGACCUAUAUGCCACAUGGACUUAUUCUUAUUUUAACUUGUUUAAAAAGAUCUAUAAUAUGUCCCCUUUAAAGUUAACUUACUGUAAUGACAUUUUAUUAUUUAUAUAUUAAAUAAACCAAUGUCUAACACAUUAAAUUGCCAAGUGGAUGUUGAUUGAUAAUCAGUUGAUUAUUAAAGUGCUUUCCUUAAGAAAAUGUAUGACCUGGCUUCUGGCUGUUUAUUGAGAUCCAUGGUAGUAGAGUCUGAUAAGAAUAAUAAGAAAAUUUUCAUUUUUUUUAAACCUGUGUUCAGAAAGCAUGCUAAAACUCAAAAAACACAUCUAUUACAAGGUUAUACGAUAAGUCACACAAGGGGAAGUUUCCCACACUAAACAGCAUUUUGAAUGGAGAUUUCUCAUUAAAAAUAAAUAAUAUAGGACUAAUGAAUCUAAUGAAUUGUCCCUUAUGAUACAAGUAAACAAUGUGUGUUCCAUUAUUCCUGAUUAAUAAAUAGUACUAUAUGUCCCAACACAGUCUUAUUAUUGAUCGUUAGCCAUCAGAAUUUAAAUCAUUUUACAUUAUUGACAUUUCUGACUGAAAUGUGGAGAUUUGUAAGGAAUAGAUCACUAUGGUUUGAAUGCAUGCUGUAUGCUAUUGAAUGUUGAAUGACUAUGAAAAAAGAUCGAUUAUUAGUACUGUAAGUGGUAUAAACUGAAAGAUUAAGCAUGAAUAUUUGAAUGUUAAGCUUGAUGUUUCACAAAUACUUUAUAUUGGUUGUAUAAACUAUAAAAAUGAAGAAUCAGACUGGGCAUUUUAAACAGAAAUUGUGUAACAUGUAAAUAGAAUAAAAAGCAUUUAACACUCAGUUCACUGUAUAAGGAUAGUAUCUCAUAAAAAAAGGGGGUACACCUGUCACAUUAUUUGCAAAUAUUCUAUUAUAUCUUUUAAUAGGACAACACUGGAGAUAUGACACUUUGAUAUAAGGUAAAGUAGUCAGUGUACAGCUACAGUACUGUACAUGGCACAGUAUACCAUUAUUAUCUAUAACUGCCUUAACCCUCUUGGGUUUCUGCUAGAAUCCUCUUCCAAUUCUCCAUGGUGACAUCAUGCAGCUGGUGGAAGUUAGGCUACGUUCACAUUACAAGCCACAUUGCUCAAAUCUGAUUUUUUUGCUCAGAUCAGAUUUGGCUCAGAUCUUCACGGUUCACAUUCACUGUAAAUGUAAGUGAUGUAACUGUAUCUGUGUGUAAUGUGAACGAAUCUGUCCCUGAAACGCUGCCUCACAUGCU